AAUGACCCUGGAUGGGGAGAAAAGUUGAAAAGUAAGUUAUCAUCUACAGCGUACGGUGAGGGCUCGCACAAUCGCCCCUCAUUCGAUCGUCCUCACAGGUUCUGACAAAGUCAACAACUUGAGUGAUGGGUCAGCACAAUAAGUCGAUUGACGACGACUACGCUACUACAUGUUGUAGUACGUCGAAAGGACGGGCCAACUGGUAUUGCUACAAUACGGUGCGGUACGGUAUAGCUGGCGGCUAUAUAUAGAGAGUGAUUGCCAGAUAAGACCAAGAGUGUUGGAUUAGGUGGUUGUUCGAUCGAUGUAACAACAGCAGAACCAAGUUAUAGGUGUGCACUAUACGAAAGCACAAAGAAAGAGCCAACCAACCAAGCUAUCAUAGGAAUAAGAAGACAUGACGAAAACGAAGACUCAGAGUCAGGAUGGGAGCGGCCACCAACAGCAACAAGCCAUCAACUCUUUUGAUGCCUUGGGAAAUAAUAAUGGUGAGAAUACUUGUGAGAAGAAAGGGGAGCAAGACAAGACAGACAUGGAGGGGGUGAUUGGAAGUCAGCAUCCCAUCCCAUUUCCCAGAAGUCUUGAUUCAAAGGUCUCGUCACCCCAUGCCUUUACAGAUGAUGUCAUCCGUAGCAUCCAACCAUUACCUACCGUAACUCCACCGGCAGUUUCUCGAGCAAGCAGGGUCCAAGAGGACGGACCUGGGGCCUAUGCUGUGGCUGGGAUUAGACCAAUUUUUUACCGUCCAAGAAGCAGGCCAUUGACUGGAAGGAUUCCUGAAAUGGAAGAGCUGGGAUUGGAAUUGGUGUCUACAUCUCAAAAUGACAGAUAUCGCGAUGACACUCUUAUUCAUGCUGAUCCAAUUGAUGACUCAGAAAACGGGAUGAUUCCAACAGCAGAGCCAAUAACAACAAGGGCAAAAAGAUUAUGGAAGAAGAAACUUUGCUUGUUCCUUUCCCUGGAAGCCAUUGUUGCCCAAGUGCUUGUUGUAAUUAUUCUUGUGGCAUUUCUUCUUGCUCGGAAAUCAAGUAAUCAAACACAGUCAGCAAAGGAGCAAAAUGGAGCGAUCCCAAUACAAGAAUAUGCAUCUACAAUAUCUUCAAUCACACAAGAGCCAACAUCGCUAUGGGAAAGACUCAAUCUGCCUGACUACACCCUCAGGGCAAUGGAGAGUCCUAGGUCUCCACAGACCAAGGCAUAUCAAUGGCUAAGCAACAAUAUCAACAAAUCCAACAAUACACAACAUCUCCCAAUAUGGAGACUGAAGCAAAGGUUUGCACUGGCCACCUUUUAUUACUCAACACGGGGUGACUAUUGGGUGAAAAAUCAAGGCUGGUUGGAUUGGGACACUCAUGAGUGCAAUUGGGAACAAAUUGAUAAGGGUUGGGACCCAAACCCAGCUGCUCGUUGUGCUAACAACGGGCGACUUCUUUCGUUGCAAUUUGUGUUUGCCAACAACUUGGAUGGAACAAUACCACCAGAAAUAUCCCUGCUGUGUAACAGCUUGAAAACUCUUUUAUUAUCUUGGAACCUCCAGCUCAAAGGAAAUAUACCAACGGAGGUUGGGCUGAUGACAAUGCUGACAUCUUUGUGGUUUACCACAACGCACUUGUCUGGCACACUCCCAACAGAACUGGGGCAGCUAGAAAGCUUGGAGGGUCUUUCAAUCUCAGGUAGGGAGCUUGAUGGGACUUUACCAAGUGAGCUUGGGAACCUUAGCAACCUGACAACUCUGGGAUUAGAUGCAGCGAACUUUUCUGGAUCCAUCCCCACUGAGAUUCUUCGAUUGUCGAACCUGGAGAGCUUGGGUUUCUCAGAGUGCCCUCUGUUGGAUACAGCAUCUUUCCUCCCUCAGGUAGUUGGAAACCUGCACAAUUUGGAGAACUUAAAUCUAAGCUAUCGGAAACCUGGGGGGUUCACAUCAAUCCCAUCUGAAAUUGGCAAGCUGACCAACUUGGCAAGCCUGAUUUUGAACGGCUUCCAACUUAAUGGCACAAUUCCAAGUGAGAUGGGAUUGUUGACAAAGCUAAACAGCUUGGGCUUUCGAAGGAACUCCAUCACUGGCACUUUACCAGAAGAGCUAUCAAAGAUUUCACAACUGUUGCUUUUGAAAAUAAAUGACAACCUAUUCUCGGGCUCUCUUCCCAGAGAAGUUGGUUUGUGGUCUGGCCUUGAGAAGCUUGAACUGCAAAACACACAAAUAUCUGGCACUCUUCCCACGGAAUUGCUUUUGUUGGACAACUUGACCAGCCUGGUAGUGAUGAACACAUCCUUGACAGGCAGUAUCCCUCAUGGACUGUGCAACAAGAUACUCCUGUCACAGGAAACCAUGUGUUUUGGGGGCAAUUGCUAUGGAGUGGCAACCAGCAAACUGUCAGCCUGCUAUGGAACGAAUCUUUGUGGGUGCAGUUGCACUCCUUGCCCGAUAACCUAGCUAGAGCAUAAUCUGGGAGCAGUGAUGAUGAGCGGUACAAGCGGAGCACCCAGGGGCUAUGUAGCAACUACUGCAUAAUGGUCCUUAAAAAAAAAGAGUAAAACGUCUAUUAUCGGAUUCAGAC